CUCCGACCUCUCUCUCUCUCUCUCUCUCUCUCUAUUUAUAUAUAUACCUGAUCAGCGAGACUUUGACCUUUGGAUCUGAUUCGCACUAUUUUGGUUUCUUUCCUCCUCGUAAUUUCAGAAUUUAGAUCUCUUCCCUCUCUUCGUUUAAAGUAAUUAAUUUCCAACCCAACAGCUACCUGUAAUUUGAUUUUCUCCCAUUAAUGCACCCUGAUCAGCAUUUCUCCCUCUCUCUCUCUCACACAGCUCUCUGAAAACCAUAACAGCGAAUUCGGAGUUCCGAAAUGGCCGGACGACCACACCAUCCGGUACUGCUCCAGAAACCGCCAGGAUACCGGGACCCGGGUCACCCGGUUCAACAACCAGGCAGGAGACCGCCGCCACGCAUGCCCGUCCUCCCGCCUAGUUUCAAGCCGCAGAGGAGGCGCAGGAGCUGUUGUCGUGUAAUCUGCUGCUUCCUCGUUCUCCUCCUCCUCCUCGUCGCGCUCGCCCUCACCGUCUUCUACCUCUGGUUUCAGCCUAGCGUCCCAGUUUUCCACCUGCAGUCAUUCCAGAUCCCACUGCUCGACGUCGAAGCCAAGACCGAUGGCACGUACCUAGACGCGCAAACGGUCUCGACUUUCGUGGUGAAUAACCCCAACCGGAAGCUCUCGCUGUUCUAUGAGCAGAGCAACGUCGCGGUGACAUUGGGGGAGGACGAAACGAAGGUUGGGUCGGAGGAGUUGCCGGAGUUCACUCAGAAGAAGAGCAGUACGGCGAGAUUGAAGGUGAAGACCGGGGUAACGAACCAGCGGGUGGAUGGUGAGGAAGGAAAUAGGCUAAAGGCUGGGUUCCAGAGCAAGGAAUUGAUGGUGAAGAUAGAGGUACGGAUUGCGGUGGGAUUUCUACUGGAUGCGCUGCGGAUAGGGCCCCUGGAGAUGAAGGUUUUGUGCGAUGGUGUGAGCUUGAUGGCGCUUGAGGCUGGUGCCAUUCACAAAUGUACCCUUGACACUCUCAAAUGGAUAAACGUACAUUGAUACUAGGGUUGUCGUGUUUGAAGAUUGUUAUUUGUUGAUGGUAGAAGAUCAUGACGCGAUAUGUCAUUUUGACUGCAACCUACGUUCAAAGGGUUGAAGCAAGUUUGAUCAUUGUUGUUCUUUUUCUUUUUCUUUUUCAAUCUAUAUUCUAAAAAGUAUAAUCUAAUAUAUACGAUAUAUACGAUAUAUAUUCUUUACUUGGGAAAAAGAAAAAGAGUGAUUGGAUCCUCGUGAAUGCAGCAUGCGCCUGCCCAACCUUUGGAUCCGCGUGAAUGUACGUAUUUUGGGAUGCACAUAAUAUUAGAUUCAUUUAUAGUAAUUUGUUCUUUCGUGAAUAAA